AUGGCGAAGGCGGGACCAAACCACGACCCCCCACCCCCGCUAGAGCUGAAGGGACCCAUCUCGCCCGGGGACCAGCAGGGGGCAGCCCAGGGACAGGUGGGCAACACCGGAGGAGAGAAUGGAAGCUUCUUCGACAUCCGCCACCUGAUUGUCAACCCCCACCAGCCCAGGCCUCACAGGGGCAGAGCCAUGGGCAUCAGUAAAUCAGAACAGGUGUGGGAUGGGACCCCGCCCAUGGCCUGCCUAACUGGUGUCAUAGCAGUGGCAGCCAUGUUCCCCAUACCGAGCUACGAGCUGAGUCCUGCUGGUCGCGUUAACCCGCGAGCUGCGGGCGACACGCAAGACAGGCUAACCGGUGUAGUGACUGCUCAGGCUGUCAGACCUCUUUACCCAACAUCUGGAACUGUAAGCUCUGCGAUCGAUGAUGGAAGUUCUCCACAGAUUACCCUGCUAAGACCUUUUUUCUAUUUUGGGAGGACAUAUAACAGCAUUUAUGUAAACCACAAUGGGCAUCUGACCUUUGAUGCACCAUGGUCUAGCUACACCCCCCAACUGUUUCCAAUGUAUGGAUCCAGAGACAUCAUCGCUCCAUUCUGGACAGAUUUAGACAACAGAGGAAAUGGUCAGAUCUACUACAACCAAUACACCAGUGGCAGUGUUCUCCAGCAAGCUACACAAGACAUCAAUCAAUACUUUCCAGGACUGAACUUUAAUGCCAACUGGGUCUUUGUUGCAACUUGGUUUGAGGUGGCCUAUUAUCCCACAAGUGGAACACGCACUACUGUCCAAGCUGUGCUGAUCUCUGGAGGCCAAUAUUCAUUUGUGCUGAUGAACUACGGUAUAAUAGCCUCAACAACACUGAGCAUUCAGGCUGGUUAUGAUACAAUCGACUCCACUCACUAUUAUGUCCUCCCUGGAUCAUUCACCAGUGCUGCAUCAGGGAGUAACUCAAAUUUUCGCCUUGGCAGCAACGUCAAUGAACCAGGUCGCUGGGCCUUCUGGACAGACCAUGGAUCAACAGGCUGCACUUUUAAUGGUGAAUUAGUGCAGCUGGGUGCUUCAUUCUGGAGUGACAGUACCUGUGCACAGAAGUGCACGUGUACCUCAACAGGCCUGCAGUGUCGCAAUGAGCCAUGCUCCUUUUCACAGAUCUGCAAGCCAGCUUCCUUCCAGUUCUCCUGUCAGACAGUGCCAAGAGGAACCUGCACCGUAAGCGGUGAUCCCCAUUACUACACCUUUGAUAACACAGUGUUUCACUUUCAAGGCACUUGCACGUAUGUUCUCUCUGAGCAAUGUAAUAGUGGACGGCCCUACUACAGAGUAGAGGGCAAAAAUGAGCACAGAGGAAGUACUCGAGUCUCUUUGACACGACUGGUGAAAGUGCAUGUCUACAAUGACACAAUUGAGCUUGUCAAAGGACGACGUGGUCAGGCAAAGGUUAACGGGAACUUUGCAUCCACUCCAUUCUUCCUUAGCAAUGGCACCGUGCAGGUUUAUGAGUCAGGUUUUUCUGUCUUUGUCAGCACUGACUUUGGUUUAGUGGUGUCUUAUGACACAAAUCAUUAUGUCCAGAUCAGCUUGCCCUACAAUUACCAGAAUGCAACAUGCGGUCUUUGUGGAAACUUCAAUGGCAUUCGUAGAGAUGACUUUCAAACUCGUGACGGUGAAGUUGUGAGCUCUGAUGUGGUUUUUGCUAACAGCUGGCAAGCAUCUGGGGAUGAUGAGCCUGGCUGUGGGCCACAGUGCGGAGGUCUGGACUGUGCUGUUUGCACUGUAGAAGAGACAGCAUUGUACAGCAACACUGACCACUGUGGUAUCCUCAGCAGUAGUUCUGGACCUUUCGCUACUUGCCAUCAACAACUUCCUCCACAGUCCUUUGUGGACAGUUGUCUGUAUGAUCUGUGUGUAGGAGGAGGGUACCAACCUAUUCUCUGUCAAUCCCUAAGUGUGUAUGCAAGUCAGUGUCAACAAAGUGGUAUUCAGCUACCAAGUUGGAGGAGACCUGGCUUUUGUGAAAUGCCAUGUCCAGCCAACAGCCACUUUGAGUCUGAAGGCACAGGAUGUCCACCUACCUGUGUUAAUCCCAACUCUACCCAUAACUGCCCUCUACCUCUCCAGGAAAGCUGCAUCUGUGAUUCAGGCUACAUCCUCAGUGGUGGGGUCUGCGUACCUCAUGCUGAGUGUGGCUGCAGCUUUGAGGGCCGCUACUACCGCUCUGGACAAACUGUAAUACUAGAUGAAGACUGUGGGAGACGUUGUAGCUGCAGUUAUGGCACCAUGACUUGCCACUCUUAUGGUUGUGGCCCACUUGAAUCAUGCAAAGUGGAAGAUGGAGAAAGAGGAUGCAGACCAAAUAGCUAUGCAGCAUGCUGGAUCAGAGGCCCAGGGUCAUAUCAGACAUUUGAUGGACUGAUAUACCAAUAUCCUGGAGCGUGUCGACUGACACUUGCCAAAGUUAUGGGACUGUCCAGUCACCCACACUUCAUGGUGACAGCAGAAAAAGUGCCAAGAGGCCAGCAAGGUUUUGCACGAAUUCUGCAUUUUGAAGCAGAGGGGAUACACAUAUCUAUUGAGAUGGCAAGGAACAGUAAAGUGAAGGUUAAUGGUCAGCUGAUCAGGCUGCCAUUCAGCACUCCAUCCAACCGCAUCCAGAUCUUCCACAGCAGCAUUUACAGUGUUAUCAUUCGCACCUCCUUUGGUGUAACUGUGCAGACAGUCUGGCCUCACUUUGUCCAUGUCACUGCUCCUGGUGUCUACAAUGGUUCACUGGGUGGACUCUGUGGUGACUACAAUGGUCAUCCACACGAUGACUUCCGCACACCCAAUGGUGUUCUGGUCAACAGCUCUCAGGACUUUGGAGAAAGUUGGCGAGAUGGCUCUCUGGCUGCUCAGUGUGUCGAAAGCAUGAACCAAAAUUCUACAGCUAAUUACAAUUCUAGUGAGUACUGUGGCAUUCUCAGCUCACCAGAUGGGCCAUUUGUACCCUGUUGGUCUGAGAUUGACCCAAGGCAGCAGGUGGAUGUAUGUGUGGAGAUCAUGAGGGGUUCUAGCGAUCCAGCAUCAACUCUGUGUGGCGUCCUACGAGAUUAUGCACUAAUGUGUCAACAGAAGGGUGUUGCCUUAGGACAAUGGAGAAAUGCAACUGGCUGUGCACUAACCUGCCCGUCAAACAGCCAUUAUGAACUCUGUGGAACCUCUUGUCCUUCUGCUUGCCCCAGCCUCUCUUUCCCCUUCACCUGUGAUACUGUGUGCCAGGAGGGUUGUCAGUGUAAUAAUGGUUUCAUUCUCAAUGGUGACCAGUGCGUUUCACCAACAUCUUGUGGAUGUUAUCACCAAGGACGCUAUCACCAAGGUGGUGAGCAGUUCUGGGAUGGUGAAGAAUGUCAGAGCUUGUGUACGUGUAACGGAAAUACCGGGAACGUCCACUGUACUCCCAACUCCUGUGGGCCCCAGGAGUCCUGCCGUGUGGUGGAGGGUGAGUUGGGCUGCCAUCCCAACCCCCAUGGCACCUGCUCUGCCUCUGGAGACCCUCACUACAUCACCUUUGAUCGUAAGGCCUAUGACUUCCAAGGAACCUGUCGCUAUGUUCUGGUGACCCUCUGUAAUGCCACUGAUGAGCUCAAUCAGUUUUCCGUGGAAGCUAAGAAUGAGGCAUUGAAUGGGCGUCCACUUUCAAUAGUAGCUGAAGUUUUUGUGAAUGUGUGGGGCUACGACGUGCAUAUGUCAAGGGACAGAAGAGGUUUGGUACAAGUGAAUGGAGUAACUAGAAAUUUACCUAUUAUCUUGAAUGAAGGUAAUGUGUCUAUCUAUGCAACAGGACCUCGUGUAGUUGCCAGCACUAAUUUCGGCUUGAGUGUCACCUAUAAUGGAUAUAGUGCAGUGUUUAUCUCCAUACCACCAAAUUACAGAGAAAAAAUAUGCGGACUUUGUGGAAAUUUCAAUGGAAAUCCAAAUGAUGACUUUCACACACCAUCUGGAACGAUAGUCACAUCUCCAGAUGACGGCUGUGGCUCCUCCUGUCCACAGUGUACCAAUGAACAGCCUGCUAGAGAUCAGUGUGAUUUGAUACAAGCAGCUGAUGGGCCCUUCAGUUUCUGCCACGAGGAGGUGGACCCGGCACCAUAUUUCAACGACUGUGUGUUUGAUGUAUGUUUGUCAGGAAUACAAGGCCACGAUCUCUUGUGCAGUGCCAUUGAAUCAUAUGUCAGUGCCUGUCAGUCUGCUAAUGUUCGUAUCUAUCCCUGGAGAGAGAACACCACCUGCACAUUGGACUGUCCCGCCAACGGCCAUUAUGAGCUGUGCGGUACUGACUGUGGCCACACCUGUGCCAGUAGCAUUGAUGAAACCUGUGAGCAGUUCUGCUCUGAGGGAUGUUUCUGUGAUGAAGGCUUCAUCAAGAGUGGGACCAGGUGUGUCCCAGUGGAAAGCUGUGGCUGCCAAUAUGAUGGAUUCUACUAUGAUGCUGGCGAGUCCUUCUGGACAGACGGUUGCUCCCAGAGAUGUGAAUGUCAUGCUCCAAAUGACAUGCGAUGUUCUGCUGCAUCUUGCACUCCUGCACAACAGUGCUCCAUCAGAGACGGCCAGCUGGGCUGUUACGAUGCCAUGUCCACCUGCACUGUGUGGGGGGAUCCACACUACAUCACCUUUGAUGGAGCAGUGGCUCAUUUCCAGGGAACUUGCUCCUACAUCAUCGCUGAGAGCACGAACCAUGGCACCAAUGAAACACAGUUUCAGGUGAUAGCCACCAACAAUCACCGUGGAAACAACCGUGUGUCAUUUGUGUCUGCAGUGGACAUAUACCUCUUAAAUCAUCCAGAAAGUGUGUACAUCAGGAUCGGACCCAAUAAAAGAGUAACGGUAAAUGGAAAUGAUGUGUCUCUUCCCACCACAGUGGGAAUCUUAGCUCAGGUGGUAAGGCAGGGAAGCUACAUAGUGGUUGAUGCCUCUGACUUGCUAGUCCAGUUUGAUGGUCAGAGCACUUUACUGGUCAGACUGGGCCAAAACCGUCAUGACAGAGUCACAGGGAUGUGUGGAAACUCUAACAAUGAUCCUUCAGAUGACAAAGUCUUACCCAAUGGCACACUGGCACAAAACGAUAAUUAUUUUGGACACAGCUGGAAGUCACCCACCAGCCAACCAGGAUGUGGCUCCACUGAUGAAGAUGAUGAUGGACUGAAUGACUGUACCUUUAGAGAAAAAUACUCCCAACUCUGCAGUGUCAUCACCAACACCACCGGUCCAUUCAGAGCCUGUCACCUGCACUCUGACCCCGAGCCAUUUUUCUCUUCCUGUGUCUACGACCUCUGCCUCUACACUCCAGCCAAUGGCAUGCUGUGUUCUGCUGUCUCAGCCUAUGAGAAAACCUGCUCUGUUCUGGGGCUAGACAUCCCUGACUGGCGCUCUGCUUUGCAUUGUGAUGAGUCAGACCCCUGUGAAAAGCUGGACUGCACAGAGCACGAAUGGUGUGGUGAGAAGGACGGUGUCUAUGGCUGCUUAUGUAAUGAGCACCACCAUCGGCCAAACAAUGAGAGCUACGACUCAUCCAUCACUUGUGUCAGUAGUUCUGGCACCAUAUCUCUGUCCCGCUGUCAGCUGUUUGAGGCCGGCUUCCACUCUGAUGCCCUCCAUCUUCAAGAUGAAUCCUGCAAUGGGACUCUUGAGGAUGGUCGACUGGUUUUCCACUUCAACAAUGAUGACCAGCUUUGUGGGACAAUGCUGAGGAGCAACGGGACCCACUUCAGUUAUGAGAACACCAUCAGCGGGGAUGUGUACUCUCAUGAUGGCCUCAUAAGUCGUGAGAAGAGCAUCCACCUGCACUUCUCCUGUGACUAUCCUUUGACCCAGGCACUGUCUAUGGAUGUUGGUUAUAUGACAUUGUGGUUGCUACUUUUCCAAAGCAUUGUGAAGAAGAGACUUCCAUCUGGUCUGGGCCAUUAUCAUUUAAGGAUGAUACCCUACCGGGACCCUGGCUUCCACUUCCCUUUGACCAGAAACAGAAAUUUAGAAAUGGAAAUAGAUGAGAGGUUAUACAUUGAGGUUCAGACUAGGGGAAUCGAUGAGCGGCAGAGCUCCACUAUUCUGGACUCUUGCUGGGCAACGCCUGUUAAUGAUGCCAGCUACCCUGUGCGCUGGGAUCUGAUCACCACACAGUGUCCUAAUCCAGCAGAUGGCACAGUAGAGCUGCUUCAGAACGGCGUCUCCACCGUAGCCCGUUUCUCAUUCAGGAUGUUCACCUUUACCAACGUUUCAUGUAUCUACCUGCACUGCCAGGUCCACCUGUGUCUUUUGAGACACAAUUACUGCACAGCUCAUUGCUACCCAGUUUACCAUGCAAGAGUGGUGAGGGAUAUUUCCUACCAUGACAGUGAAGGCAUUUCAUUGGAACCGCUAGUAUUGAACACAGUCUGUUUGCUGACUGCAAAUAUUCUGAUCUAG